AUGGGCAUGGGUCCACCAUACUUGGAAGCUUUGCUUCAGGAAAUUGCUCGAAAUCCUGAUAAACAGAUGAAAGACCAAUUUAAACUUAUUGAUACAACAAACAUGUGGGUGAACUUAAGAGCCAUUAAGAGACUUGUAGACACUGAUAAACUUAAGUACAACAAUCAAUCAGUUUUGAAGGUACGGUUCUUUGACUACUGCUGUCCUUCUAUGAAGAUUGAUCAGAAUGAAUUGAGGGGCUAUUGUUUGCAGGAAAAUGACAUUGACCAAAGUCUUUUACAAACAACAGCGGCUGGAUCAACAAUACAGUUCUUUGAACGUGCAAUUGGUGUCAGUGUACCUGAAUCACGUUAUCUUCCAUUAAAUACAACGACAGAUUUGCUCCUUAUACAGUCAGAUUUAUACACUUCUAAAGAAGGCGUUUUAACUCGUAAUCCAAACAGAGCUGAUCCUAUAGAUCCUGAAAUUCACUUGGGACCUGAAUUUGAAAAGGUUGGAGACUUCCAAAGUCGGUUUAAAUCCAUCCCCAGCAUUGUUGGGUUGGAUAGUUUGACAGUGACAGAACCGGACCGGAUAUUGAACCAGAAAGGUCAGCAGUUCACGGUUCGCAUGGUUCAACCGGGGUUGGACCAAUGGUCAAACUGGUGA